AAAGGAAUUAGCAAGCACUCAUACAUUUCACUCUGUCUCAUGGGAUCUGAAAGCAAAACUGUUUGCGUGACCGGUGCCUCCGGGUUCAUCGGCUCGUGGCUCGUUAUGAGACUACUCGAGCGUGGUUACACAGUUCGAGCCACUGUGCGUGACCCUGGUAAUGCAAAGAAGGUGCAACAUUUGGUGGAACUACCCAAAGCUAAGACCCACCUCACUCUAUGGAAAGCUGAUCUCUCCGUGGAGGGUAGCUUUGACGAAGCAAUCCAAGGCUGCACCGGUGUUUUCCACGUUGCCACCCCAAUGGAUUUUGAGUCCACCGACCCUGAGAAUGAAGUGAUAAGGCCAACAAUAAAUGGUGUAUUAGACAUCCUGAAAUCAUGUGUGAAGGCAGAAACUGUUAGAAGGGUAGUUUUUACCUCAUCUGCUGGAACUGUUGAUGUUCAAGAAACACCAAAAGCAAUGUAUGAUGAAACUUGCUGGAGUGAUUUGGACUUUAUCCUGGCCAAAAAGAUGACUGGAUGGAUGUACUUCGUAUCCAAGACUCUAGCAGAGAAAGAAGCAUGGAAAUUUGCUAAAGAAAAUAAAAUUGAUUUUAUUAGUAUCAUACCACCACUUGUGGUUGGUCCAUUUCUGAUGGCAUCAAUGCCACCCAGCCUCAUAACAGCACUUUCUCCAAUCACUGGUACAGAAUCGCAUUACCACAUUAUAAAGCAAGGCCAAUUCAUUCACUUAGAUGAUCUCUGCUUGGCUCAUAUAUAUUUGUUCGAGAAUCCUAAAGCACAAGGACGGUACAUAUGCUCCUCAGAUGAAGCCACCAUUUAUGAACUUGCGAAAUUGCUCAGCGAAAAAUACCCAGAAUAUAAUGUUCCUUCAAAGUUCAAGGGCAUUGACGAGAACUUGCAGAAAAUAGUUUUCUCAUCGAAAAAGCUGACGGACUUGGGAUUUGAAUUCAAAUACAGCUUGGAGGAUAUGUUUACUGGAGCUAUAGAAACAUGCAGAGCAAAGGGAUUAAUUCCUGUUUCUUAUGAGCCUUCUGUUUCUUGUUAGAAGACAAUUUCUGCUCCGUCUGUUUCUGUUUAUAUUUGAAAAUAAUGAGUUUCUCUGGGAAGACUCCAUUAUCACUUAUUA